GUAGAGUGUUGUUGGUACUGCAGUGAGAGGCAUGCUUCUUUAGACCAGGUAACAUUUCAUUUGUUGCAUUUCCAGUUUCCAGCACCAACUCACCAACAAAGAUUUUACCAAAAACCUUAGGACCAAUAAAUGUGAAUGUUGGACCCCAAAUGAUUAUAAGCACACCACAGAGACUAACCAGUUCAGGAAGUGUUCUGAUUGGGAGUCCAUAUACCCCUGCGCCAGCAAUGGUUACUCAGACACACAUAGCCGAAGCUACUGGCUGGGUCCCAGGUGAUAGAAAACGAGCUAGAGAAUUUAUAGAUUCUGAUUUUUCAGAAAGUAAACGAAGCAAAAAAGGAGAUAAAAAUGGAAAAGGCUUGAGACAUUUUUCCAUGAAAGUGUGUGAGAAAGUUCAGCGGAAAGGUACAACAUCAUAUAAUGAAGUGGCUGAUGAGCUGGUAUCAGAGUUCACCAAUUCAAAUAACCAUUUGGCCGCUGAUUCGCAGGCUUAUGACCAGAAGAAUAUUAGGAGAAGAGUUUAUGAUGCUUUAAAUGUGCUAAUGGCAAUGAACAUAAUUUCAAAGGAAAAAAAAGAAAUCAAGUGGAUUGGCCUGCCUACCAAUUCUGCUCAGGAAUGUCAAAAUCUUGAGAUAGAGAAGCAGAGGAGGAUAGAACGGAUAAAGCAGAAGCGGGCCCAGCUGCAAGAACUUCUCCUGCAGCAAAUCGCUUUCAAAAACCUGGUUCAGAGAAAUCGGCAAAAUGAACAGCAGAACCAGGGCCCUCCAGCUCUGAACUCCACCAUUCAGCUGCCAUUUAUAAUCAUCAAUACAAGCAGGAAAACAGUCAUAGAUUGCAGCAUUUCCAGUGACAAGUUUGAAUAUCUUUUUAAUUUUGACAACACCUUUGAGAUCCAUGAUGACAUAGAAGUACUGAAGCGAAUGGGAAUGUCCUUUGGCCUGGAGUCAGGCAAAUGCUCUCUGGAGGAUCUGAAACUUGCUAAAUCGCUGGUGCCAAAGGCGUUAGAAAGUUAUAUCACAGACAUCUCCACAGGACCUUCCUGGUUAAAUCAGGGACUACUUUUGAACUCUACUCAAUCAGUUUCAAAUUUAGACCUGACCGCUGGUGCCACCUUGUCCCAAUCAAGUGUAAACCAAGGGUUGUGCUUGGAUGCUGAAGUGGCCCUAGCAACCGGGCAGUUCCUUGCCCCAAACAGUCACCAGUCCAGCAGUGCGGCCUCUCACUGCUCUGAGUCACGAGGCGAGACCCCCUGUUCGUUCAACGACGACGACGAGGAAGAUGACGAGGAGGAUUCCUCCUCCCCGGAAUAAAGACAGGAGAAAACCCACGUUUUAAUAUUUGAUGCUCAUGUGUGUUUUUAGUGUGAGCUCUUGUUUUUGAAAUGAUUGCUUCAGUCUUUGCCUUUGUUUGCACUGUGUGUUCAGUGAAAACUAGGGAAACACAAUAAGCAAAUUACCUGAAGGCUGCGAUGAUUGAGAUGAAAGUUAGCGUGAAUGAAAACUCUGACCGACAGAGCCCUGGCUCACACCGCAAACAAAGCGGUUUUCUGAGGUGAUAGAGGGGACAGCCCCUAAAGAAUUGGCAGCAUGAAUGAAGCUCGUUUAUCCUCCACGAGGUGGGAUCUUUGUGUUCCCCCACAUCCACGUAACCCUCCUUAGAAUCAAGGUUGCUGUAGUGAACAGCCCGUGACAUCAUGUUUGUCAUGUCUCUCUUCCUCGGCUGGGCUGCCUUUUACAAGCAGAAGUGACCGUGAAAGGAUCCCAGGGGGGGUGAGUUGUACAGUGAGGGAUGUGGUUGGCAAUCCUUGAGGUCUAAGGAGCACAGAUUGAACUGCUGAACUAGUUGAAAGUCUAGUUGAGGUGCUUGACGCAUCAGCUGCCUUAGACGGCUUCUAGAAAGGAGCAAGCGCUAAUUCUUAAGUACUUAAGUGACAUUUAGAAAAAUGUAUAGUAAAACUGAAAUGAUCAUUAUUAGCCAAUGCAUUGGUGCAUAGAAUUUUCUAGGGCUACUUCUGGAAGCCAAAAUAGAAUAGCAUUUCCACGUGCAUUAAAUACUUCGCCAGCACUGCCUUUGCCAGCAUUCUAAAUCUGGAGUUUUACAGAGAAGGAAAUUGUAUCUCUAGUUUUAAUCAAAGCUAUGCAUUUCAUAUAGCUUUUCCAUUUAAAACAAAACAAAGAAACAAAUUCCUAUGACCGAACUGCUUGCUUGGAGUUCCCUACAGUACUUGUAUGAUUUCACUCAGUGUGCAAUUUGUGAAAAUGAACCAAAUGUCAUUACUUUUGUCUUAAAAGAAAAGUCUAUUUCAAGAAUAUGGACAGCAGUG